AUGCCGCGAUCUUUCCUAGUCAGGAAGUCUGCCUGCUCCCGCCGGAGGCCCAACUACAGCAAGCUGCAUGACUCUUCUCCAGAGUUCACCUUCCAGCAGCCCUACGACCAGGCCCACCUGCUGGCGGCCAUCCCACCUCCUGAGGUCCUCAACCCCACAGCCUCACUGCCCACGCUCAUCUGGGACUCUUUCCUGGCACCACAAGCCCAACCAGUUGGCUGGGCCUCCUGUCUACCCUGGGAGAUCCCCAACGUUGUUGAGCUGACCUCGCUGUCAGAGGAGGACAGUGGGAAAGGCUCCCAGCCUCCCAGCCUACCCUUGCCAGCCCUGUUAUCCUCCUCUACCUCAGCCUCUUCCCUGGAGGCCGAUGGUUAUGCUGCCUUCCCGGGCUUGGGCCCAUUGCCCAAGCAGCUGUCUGGGCUCUCAGGGGCCAAGGACCCCCAGUCUCGCAAGACCUUCAACUGCAAAUACUGCAACAAGGAAUAUGUCGGCCUGGGUGCCCUCAAGAUGCACAUCCGAAGCCACACCCUGCCCUACAUCUGUGGCACCUGUGGGAAGGCCUUCUCCAGGGCCUGGCUGCUACAGGGCCAUGUCCGGACCCACACGGGGGAGAAGCCCUACCCCUGCUCCCACUGCAACUACACUUUUGCCGACUGCUCCAACCUGCGGGCCCACCUCCAGACCCACUCAGAUGUCAAGAAGUACCAGUGCAAGACGUGCUCUCGCAGCUUCUCUUGCAAGCCCCUGCUCCAUAAACACCAAGAGUCCGGCUGCUCAGGGGACCCCCGCUGA